CCGACUGCGUGAACUUGUUGAACGACUCCAUUGUGCUGGAAAUUGAUUUGAAGUAAUUGCUGAGGAAAAGAGUGGAGAAUGGCCAAGAUUGCUCGCAAGCUUUGACAAUAAGCUGAAGAAUUAUGCAGUCGACAUCACUGCCUCACUUCUGUGCAACGUGGAAUGGUGCCAUAACCACCGACUGGCAUUGAAAAACGCCUGCGGCUCGCAGUCGAGGGACCGGCUUUUGUGAGCCGGCUCUCCAUAUACCGCUUAUUUUUAUUCCCAAGAAUGGACUCACAGAACGAACAGCGCCGCGAGUUCCUGUACAGCAACCUGAGCAAGCAGCUGGCCCGACUCAACACAAACUUUGAGGCGCUGAACAAGAACAUCUCGACCAUGCGCAACCAGGCAGAGCUGACGCAGCGGCUGACCGUUUCUCAGGCGGCGAUGUUCAUGGGCGCCAAAGAUGUAUUUAUCCAGGCACCUGCGAGCAGCUCCCCCGAGAACCAGUGAGCUUAGCCACUCAUAUAUGUAUCUGUUAAUAUAUCCCUUCCAUUCUUGAA